AUGCAGCCAAAUUAUGAUAGCUCAAGUCUUAACAACAUGCAACAACAAGACUUCUUCCACUUAAACCACUACUACAACAACUUAAACCCAUCAACCAAUAAUAACAAUCUCAAUAUUAUCCAGUACCCUCAAUUUCAAGAACUCAAUCUACAAUCUCCGGCAAGCAACAACUCAACGACUUCCGACGAAGCAACUGAAGAAGUCUUCGUCAUCAACGAGAGAAAGCAAAGACGUAUGGUAUCUAACAGAGAGUCAGCGAGAAGGUCAAGAAUGAGAAAGCAAAGACACUUAGAUGAGCUUCUCUCGCAGGUUGCUUGGCUUCGAAGCGAGAACCACCAGCUUUUAGAUAAGCUUAACCAAGCCUCGGACAGCAAUGAUCUUGUUCUUCAAGAGAACCUGAGUCUAAAAGAGGAAAACUUGGAGCUUCGUCAAGUCAUCACAUCCAUGAAGAAGCUUGAAGGAGCAGGAGGAGGAAGCGGAAGCAUCCAUGACAGAUAUCGUUCUUCUUCCUUGGAUCAUGACUUGGAUCAAGACUUGUCUUCUCUUACAGAUGAUCCAAGAACUCAUCAUCCAUCGUGA